GAAAUGCCCCACUGUCCCGAGACGUCGACGGGCAUGGCAUGUCUCGGGCUGAAUUGACCUUUGGAGUUCCACCCCGAUUAGUCGAUCAUUACUUGAUACAAUCCAACCCACUUGGUGUUGUAGGUGUAGGUCAGUGACUGUUUUCAUACCAACCCCCCUCCUCUAACAUCACCAACACAACCACACCAGACACAAUGGCUCUCAAGGACUCCUACCUCCUCCCCGCCGCGGCGGACAUGCACGUCCACCUGCGCAACGCCCCCGGCCCCAUUGCCGAGCUGGUCACCCCGACCAUCCGCAAGGCCGGCAUCGACACCGUCUUCGUCAUGCCCAACUUGGCUCCUCGCCCCGUCGUCACCGUCGAUGAGGCUCUCGAGUACAAGAAGGCCCUCCAGGCUUACGACCCCGAGGUCAACUACCUCAUGUCUCUCUACCUUCACGAGAGCAUCACCCCCGAUGAGAUCCGCAAGGCCAAGAAGGCCGGUAUUGCCGGUGUCAAGGCCUACCCCCGCGGCGCCACCACCAACUCCCAAUGGGGCGUUGUUUCCUUCGACCCCUUCCACGAACUCCUCUCCACCAUGGAAUCCGAAGGUCUCGUCCUCAACCUGCACGGCGAGAUGCCCUCCUCGCCCACCGACAACGUGACCGUCAUGAACGCCGAGUCCAAGUUCCUGCCCACCCUCGCCUCUCUGCACAGCAAGUACCCCAACCUCAAGAUCGUGCUCGAGCACUGCACCACCGCCGACGCCGUCGCCGCCGUGCGCGCCUGUGGCGCCAACGUGGUCGCCACCAUCACGGCCCACCACCUCUCGCUGCUCGUGGACGACUGGUCCGCCAACGUGCACCACUACUGCAAGCCGAGCGCCAAGUCGCCCGAGGACCGCCGCGCGCUGCUGCAGGCCUUGGUCACGAGCGAGGGCAAAUUUUUCCUGGGCACCGACUCGGCGCCCCAUGAUAUCUCGAGCAAGAAGGGUAAAGGCAACACGGCGGCGGGCGUGUUCACGCAGCCGUAUGCGUUGGGCUAUGUGUUGACUGCGCUGGAAGAGGGCAUUGCGAGAGGAGAUAUCAAGGAGGAGCAGGUGACGGAGGAGGUGUUGGCGGGCUUCUUGAGUGAGUUUGGUCGCAAGUUUUAUGAGCUUGGGCCGGCGGAGAAGCAGAUCCUGGUCAAGAGGGAUGGGGCGGUGGUGGAGGAGAGUCUCAAGACGGACAAGGUGGAGAUUGUGCCGUACAGGAGCGGCGAGAAGACGUGGAGUGUUGAGUGGCAGUGAGUCUAGUUGUGAAGUCGAGGAAAAGGCUGGGGUUCAAAAAAAGAACAAAAUGGGGGAGUUUGGGUCUGGAGAGGUUUUGUGAUUUGGGUCGGCCUACGGGAUGUAGGAAUUGCCUUCAUAGAGGUACAGUAGAAAAGCAACAGGCACAUGUUUAGAUGUAUGAAAUUGGGAGUUGUCUUUAGUUCACCGAUGA